AUGUCAAAAGGUAAUACAAUAGAAAAAAAUGUUUUGUGGAAUACACAUGAAACGUCAAAUGAACAAGAAUGUGACUUAGCAUACGAAGAUGAAAAUGUAUCAUUGAAAAAUAAAAUAUGUGGUUAUUGUUAUACAAAGUGUCAACAACAUCUUGGUUCUUGUUUAUUAUCAAAAAUAAAUGAGGUGCUCGAUGGUUCAGUUGAUCUUUGCCAAAAAUUAUCAGAUAAAUGUCAAAAACGUUGUUUAAAAGAUAAACACAUUGGAAAAGUAGCUGAAGCAAAUUGGCCAAAAGUUGUUAAAAUUCUUGGACAAUUUAAAGAAUUAGAAUCAAUGUAUCAAUGA